UGUUGAAUUUGAAAAAAGUGCGAAAAAUUGAAAAUUACUGCUUUACAAUAUAAUUUUACAUUGUAUGAACCAGAAAUAUCGUUGAAAUUCUACCGAAAUGCUGCCCAAAGAAACGGAAACAAACAAAAAUGUUGGUAGUGCUGGUGUGUCAAAAGAUAACUCCACCAUAGUAAGCAGCGAUAUUUUAAUGGAUAAUAAUGAUCAGCAGCAGCAGAUUACAACAGAAACCGAUGAUUCACCAAAACUGGAACAAAUUUUGUUAGAUUCAUUUGCAGCAGCUGUAACAUCAACAGCUUCUACAACACCUCUAGGAUUCCAAAAUGGUGGAGUAACUCAGACCUCACAAAAUACAAAUGAUCCUCCUGAAAUGCCUCAGUUAAUGAGCAUUUUAAACGAAUUGCUUGAUGGACAAGAUCUAGCUUCAUUAGCUAACACGGGGGGGAACGGUGAUAACAUGCAAGAUAUAGUGGAUCAAGAGGAGAACUAUGAAGAAGAUUCACCGAAAAAAGAUGACCCCGAAGAAUUAACGCGCUUGCUCGUGCAACAAAGACUUGAAGAGAUUAGUCGUGAAGAGCAGCAACUUCAGAGAAGGAUGGAUUUCCUUAUCCGAAGAUUGUAUAAACUUGUAACACGCUCCACUAGUGUACAUGCAAGUGAAGAAAUUGCAGGCUUUUUGGAGCACGUCACAAGACAUAAUCUACAACAGAAGGAAAAAGAUCUCCAGCAUUCAUCAUCAAUAAGUUUAAAGUUUCCUUGUCUCACAGCAAAUCUUCAAGAAGCUCCCAUUUAUUCUCCCAAUAAAUUAACUUUAGAGAAUAAUCCAUUCAAUUUAUUAUCAUCACCCCCAGCAUCAUCUCAGGAAGUCUUCGAGAAACAGAAUAUUUCUGAGUUUCGAGAUGAAAGUGAAAGUAUGACAACAAAAAAACCAGUUUCAAUAGGUGAAAUGAAAUCAUUUUUAAGACAAAUCGGGAAUCUUUCAACACUUCAAAAUACAGUGCUGAACAAAAGAUCGCACGCUUUGAAAUACUUUUCAAAACCAUUCAAUAAUAGCUUAAAUUCAUUGACAAAAACAGAAGCCAGCAUAAAAAGCAACAUAAUUCCUCGAUUUGAAAGUGUCGACACAGAGCAGUUAGAUCAAAUUUCUGGACUUUUGGCAAGUGAACUUCGUUUGAUAGAGAAACAAAUCGAUUCAGAUGCUACAGCCAGCAGCUCAGGAGGUGAAUCAGCCGACGAGAUGAUUUCAUAUAACAAUUCCUACCAGCAGUCAUUACCAUUAAGUCAACGAUCAGCCUAUAAAUAUGCAAAAGAUCGUGGAUCUGUAGCUUCACGUUGGUGCUGGCUUGCCACACAGAUUUCCGAACUCGAUUAUAAAAUACGACAGCACACCGAUUUAAGAAAACACAUUAAAGAUAGUAAAAAUGUUGUCACAUUAGAAGAUGCAAGCAUUUUGGAAGGGAAACUGUCCGGUAAUUGCUCAAAAGAUUCCACUUGUAUAAUAUCGGAUGACGAAGAAGGUAACAGAUGUUCGUCAGCACGAGUGAGGCCUCUUGUUAAAUCUGCUUUCCGUAAACGAAAAUUGGUUCAAAUUGCAAAUCUUCACACAAUAUCAAAGAAAGCUGGGCGACCAAGUACACUUAAAUGCUCAUGUCAUUGGCCAUAUCAGCCUUGUGCUCUCUGCACUGGCCGUGGUGAUCCGACAGAACCUCGUGAUUUACCUGACACAUUACAAACAGCUGAACGUGUAGCACUUCUUGAUCCCGGCUUUCAUCCAGUUCUUAGUUUCGCUGAUGAUGUUUCAAAUAAUAUUCACUUAGAGGCAAUUAUGAACAUCACAGAGUGGCAGUCAAAAAUGAUACGUUCCUCGCCAAAAUCAAUAAUGAAACAUGCAAGCAAGCAACUCGAAAAUAUCAGUGCCAUUCUUGGAAGCAAGAGAACGUUUAAAAACGAUUAUGUUUCAUCAAAGUUGAAUGCAGCAAAUAACGAGAGAAAAAAUCGUAAAGGAAAUAUUGAUGCAGUAACUGGUAAAAGAAAGUACACCAAAAAGAUUAUGAAGCUUGAUGGGCUGUUAACAAAUAAAUUGAAAGAUCGGAAAAAGCACAGAAAGCGAAAUUCUAUGGUUUGCUCAGGUAAUCCGCAUGUUCCACGCAAAUAUACUUUCAAAAAGCGACUACGUAAACUAAACAGUGAUGCCUUCUCACAUUCUAACCAAAACUCUAAUCAUAACCUUCCUAAUUACAUGAAUGGUGGAUCAGAGAAGCAUUUUGAAUAUAUUUGUCGAAGCAAAAACUCGUCGCCGGUACCUAAUAAUAGAUCGGAAAAGAAAACAUCAGAGUCAAGGAGUAAUAGAAAUUAUGACAUUGACAACAUUGUUAUUCCCUAUUCAAUUGCUGCAUCGACCCGAGUUGAAGUGUUGAGUUAUAAAGAAAUUCCAACACCGAAAUGGCGAAUCAUAAAUGAUACAGAUGAAUUAGAACAACUGAUGGUAGAACAAGAUUUAUGUAAUCAAUCAGGCGAAUAUCCUGAAAACGAAGAUAUUUCGGAUGAAUAUCUUACAGUGAAUCACGACAAGGCAUUAAUAGAAGAAAGAAGAAAAUUUGAAACUUAUUUGAAAUUUCCGCUUACAAGUCGUUCACGCGCAAAUCGAAGAGUUGAUAGUCGUGGGAAUGAAUCGAGUGGAACAAAUACUCCAACACCUGAUCCUACCUCACCAGCACCUGCAUUAUCUGUUGGAGAUUUAGAGUCGAUUCCUUCACCUUUAGACAACCAUGAGUAUCAGGAAACUCCUUCAAUAACAGCUAUCCUCAAUAAUUUGAAUGGACGUAAGGAUCGAAGUCGUUUAUUUACAAAGAGAGAUGAUGGUCAAGAUGGCCCAUCCAGUGGAACGGCAUCACGAUGCAUCUCACCUGAAGCGAUCAAAGAGACUAUUCCGGCUUAUGAGCCAUUACGUUUCCCGCUAACUGAUUUAUCACUUCAAAAAAUGAAGCGAGUUAUGCCAUCGGAGCAUUUAAAACAAGUUGAACGCCAUUUCAAUAUCCCAUCACAAUCAAGAUCAAGAACUGAUGAGAGUCAAAUGAAUCAUAAUCAUCAUCAUCAUCAUCAAGCUAAAAUAAUUAAUUGUUCCAGGCAGUUUAAGAAAGCACGAAAGCACAACGAUAGUAUCAGUGAAAGUAAAUUGAUCAAAGAAAAAUUGCCAUCGUCUUCGUUUACAACAAUUGGAAGAAAUAAUAAUAUUUUAAUACCUCGAAACAACCACAACAUUUUAGAAAGCAUUGAUCUCACAGCAACAGAUGGUGCGGUGCUGAAAGAACUCAUGAAUAACAAUAAUUGUGAUCUGAAUUUUAAUGGUGGAUUGGAUGAUGAUGAUGAUAAUGAUACUGAAGAAUUGUGCGAUUCUGAUAGUGAGACAGUGACGGGAGAUGAGAGUUUUAUUGAGCGAGACGAUGAAUCAGAAUCCGAGGAUUACAUAACUAAGGAUGAUCGAAAGCAACCAUAUAAAACUAAAAAUGUUUUGAUCUCUAAACAGUGAACGAUUUAAAUUGAUUUCGCUUAAUUUUUUCUCUCCAUUCUCGUCAUUCACUGUCACUACGGAUUGUUUUUAAUUGAUAAUAAAUAGGUAUAUGCUGAACAGAAUAAGCAUUAUAGUUUUCUUAGCGUUUGGAAUAAUAAGGAUUUAAUGUAUAUAUAAAGCUACUCUUAUUAAUCGUUUAUUAGAUUUAAAAUAAAAGCAAAAUUACUUUUAUUUUUUCUAUAAAAGUUCCACGUGUUUCUCAAUCUUAACAUUUGUUGUCCUAAUUUAAAGAAUAAAGUUAUCACGUUGAAGAUUAAA